UAAUUAAAAUGGGUGGGGCUAAUUUUGCAAACUAAAAAUGGCUACCUCUUUCGUGGAAGAAAAAAGUGAGGAAGAUGACAAGCAAGACGACAGUGUGGCCCCAGAUGCAAAUACAUCCACUUCUGAUGACCAUAUUGAUGAGGAGGCAACCAGAACUGCUUCUGACGGCGACAUUUUCAUAAAUAAUCUAUCUGAAAUAGUCCCUCAUGACAAGAUAGUGGCCAUUAGACAAGAACAAGCCAAAAUGCUCCAAGUAUUGGAGAUAACAAACUGGAAACUUUCAUCAUUAAAUGAUGUCUCUGAAGAAACAUUCCAAAAAUCUGUUGCUGACUUCAGACAGAAGACCAAGAUGCUGGGCGAUUUGAAGAAACAGUUGGACUCCAUUUUUCGAAGAAUUAGACAUCUCAAAGCUCAAGCUGCUGCUAAUUAUCCUGAAGCUUAUGCAGCAGCGAAAGCAAAAUAUGAUAACGAAAUAGAUGAAUUGUCAUAAACAUUAUUAUAUAAUAAUAGUUAUUAUUAUAAUUAUUUUAAACAAUUUUAUAUCAUAACUAGCACCUCUUUUGCUGUGAAUUUA